AUGGCCAGCGCUGUAUCCAUCUACGAUUGCCUCAUCAUCGGGGCCGGACCUGCAGGGCUCUCAGCAGCCCUUGGGCUUGGGCGACAGAUACGUUCUGCGCUAGUCUUUGACGCGCAGAGAUACCGGAAUGAUUACGCUGAUCGCAUGCACAAUGUUUUGACCUGGGAUCAUAAAACACCAGCCGAGUUCCGGGCGGCAGCACGCGAAAACAUCCAGUCUCGGUAUGAUACCAUAAAGUUCAAAAACGCCGCAGUGGCGUCCAUCUACAAGAAAGACGACGGUACUUUCGAAGUCACGGAUAUCCAGGCCAAUAAGUAUCAAGGCAAGAAGAUCGUACUUGCCUCGGGCGUCUCGGAGACGUUCCCGGAUAUCAAAGGAUUCUCUGAGUUGUGGGGCAAGUCAAUCUUCCACUGCUUAUUCUGCCAUGGCUUUGAGGAGCGCGGGGCAAAAUCAGCUGGUAUACUGGCGGAUGGAUUCAUCACGCAACCUGAUAUGAUCCUGCAUGUGGGACGCAUGAUAUUACCCAUAGCUGAGAAUGUCACGGUGUAUUGCCAUGGGAACAAGGAAAUGCUCGCCCUGGUACAGAAAGAGUUCGAGGGCAAGGAUCUCAUGAUUGAGCCCAGGAAGAUUACCGCUCUAGAGCGCAAUGGAGAACACGUCACCGUGCGGUUUGAGGACGGCGAGACGAGGCAGGAGGCCUUCAUGGCAGCCAUGCCCCCCGUAAAGCUCAAUGAGUCGUUCCAUGAGCAGCUAGGUCUCGAACUAGAUCCAAUGGGCCAUAUCAAGACCCACGGCCCAUUCUCUGAGUCGUCGGUCCCCGGUGUAUUUGCUGUUGGAGACUGUGCCACAUUCAUGCGAGCCGUUCCUCAAGCGAGUGCAAUGGGUGCUUUUGCAGCUGGAGGUGUGGUAGCACAACUAGGGGCAAGGGGCAAGUUUUGA